AUUUCCCGCCACUGUGCGUAGCUAAAAAGCGAGUAUGGCAACGCUGCAGAUGGGUUUGAGCAGUUGUUUUGGUGCUAACGCAUUCUUGAAUGUUUGAGUAAAGUUGCCAGAUGGCAGGCAAAGAAAAACGUUUCAUUUCAAAUUCUGAAAGUGAUGAAAACACAAACCCAAUCAAAUAUCACACCUUUUUUUUGGUUUUGGCAAACAAAAUGUAUAUACAUUAUUCACUCCAAACAUUAUGACUGGCAUUUGCCAGUUGAGCAGUGCCACAGUCAUAAAAAAACUGGUUUGACUGGUUUCUCCUCGUUCUUUGUUUGACUGCAAGCUGUAAUUGCACACUGGCGAGCGGGAAAACAAAGGAGUCGGGAUGGGAAAACCUCCCCGCAUCAGAAGUGCUUCAAAAAGAGCAGUGAAAACACGACUGAGAAUGAAAACACCCCCGCAGUAGAAGUAGAAACUCGUAAACAAAAACUAAACAAAAGCAGUGGCGUCGUUCUGCGGGAGGGGGUUCGGUUUUCAAUGGAAAGACAGCUGAUUGCGACUCUCUUGCGCUCUCCCACGUUAUCUGUGCUGCUCCCUGGGAGAACUAAUCAGCGCGGUUCAUAUUUUCAACUUUCCUGAAUUCAUUUUCAUUCCGUGCCAUGCCAACGGCCGCAAAAGAUCGCGCUGUUCUUCGGUUCUACGCAAGAUAUAGACACCUAUAUACGUAAUUACGCGCGGUAAUACUCAGUCCAGUAGCAGUAACUGCCUACGACGAGCAAACGGAAAGUGGAAAUUAAAUGGAGAACGCGAGCUAAAUAACACAGAGAUAAAAGUGAAACCAAAAAAGCCGCAGGAUCAAAAGUGCUGGACAACAUAUAGAAUCUAGAAACCCAGAAAUCUUGCAAUCACGACAUGUCCAGUUGGAGUUUGGCCAGUGCCGUGUCGCCAAAUGUCACCGGUGGCGAUGUCAUCCGGUUGAACAACCUGAAGUCCAGCUCGGAAACGCAUCUGCCAUCUCGGGGAUCGGGAGCGUCUGGAGGUUCUGGAGCAUUACCUCGUCCCACGACGCCCGUGCCCGCCAGGAAACUGUCAUCCAAACGACCGCCACACUUGACCCUCAACAUAAAGGCCAAGUCCCACGAUGCUCCGCUGGCCGAGACGGAAAACACGGCGCUCUCGACCAGUGAAUCCGUCUAUGGAACUCCGACGGGCGCCACACCCGUUUCGUCACCAGCCAACCGAAGUCAACGCAGUCAGGCGAGCCAGCAUAGUGACGAGAGCCGCCACAGCAGCAGCACCGCCACCAGCGGAGGUUCCAUAUUCCCCCACGAACAGUACAAGUCCAUCAAGAAGAUCAACAUCGGCUUCGAGAACAUAAGCUACACCACCAAAUUCGGAGUCUUCCAGAGGGAAACCAAGGAUGUCCUAAUGGGAUUAACAGGCUACUUCAAGUCUGGAGAACUUAGUGCCAUUGUAGGACCGUCUGGAGCUGGAAAAAGUACGCUGCUCAACAUUCUGUCAGGAUACACAACAUAUGGCUACACGGGCGAUUUCCGGGUCAAUGGCAAUAGGCGGGAUUUGAAGGCCUUCAAGCCGAACGUGGCGUUCAUCCGCCAGGAUACGAGUCUUCAGGCCUUCCUCUCCGUCAAGGAGGCGAUGCAUUUUGCGGCCAACUUGAAGAUCGGCACUCACAUGACACACAGCGAGAAAAGGGAGAGGGUCAAGAGCAUCCUGGAGGCCAUCGGGAUGUACGAAAACCGGCAUACGAGGACGGGGCAUCUCAGUGGAGGGCAAAAGAAGCGUCUCGCUAUUGCCCUGGAGCUGGUGAACAACCCACCGGUGCUGAUCCUGGACGAACCUACAACUGGCUUGGAUACUUCCACCUCGAAUCAGCUGAUAAAUCUGCUAAAGAAGCUCGCCAUCGAGGGACGCACAGUCAUCUGCACGAUCCACCAGCCAAGUGCCUUGACCUUUGCCAUGUUCGACCAUCUGUAUGCCAUUGGCGAGGGCAAGUGCAUUUACGCCGGAGGAGCCCAAAACCUGCUGCCCUUCUUGGGCGCCCUCAAUCUGCAAUGCCCGGAGUCCUACAAUCCAGCGGAUUACUUAAUGGAAAUAGCAACUCAUGACUACGACACGCCGGAUGACAACCAGCUGGAGAAGCUGGUGGCCCUGAUGGACAAUGGUCGCAACGAGGACUACAGACAGAGCAAGACUGCGCGAGUGGCCCAACUGGCGGCCAUGAAGAAAGUUGACCAACUUAUGGCGGCGGGACUGAUCACACCCGUGACAGCUCCCGUGAUGUCCACAUCCGCGCCAGGGCAUUUCCUGCAGGGCAGCACCUUUAAGCCACUCACUCCCAUCAAUGAGCUGUCUUCCCGCGUGUGGGACAGUCAAACGGCGGGCAUCGGAAACGCUGGCAGCUGCUGUAAGCCAAAGAAGAAAAAUAAGUCACGGCCAGCCAUAGAAUUGGAUCCAACGCAUCUGUGCAAAAGGCAGAACAUCUACGCCACGCCGUUCUACCGCCAGUUGAGUAUCCUGCUCCUGAGGACUUUCCUGCUAAUUUGGCGGGACAGCUCGCUGACCACAAUGCGCUUCGCCAUUCACCUCAUCACGGGCAUCCUAAUAGGAACCCUGUACUUAGGGAUCGGCAACGAUGCCGCCCAGACGCUAAACAUCUUCCGAUACCUCUUCUACACGAUCAUGUUCAUCAUGUACUGUGCGUUCUCGGGAAUACUGGUAAAGUUUCCGCUGGAGUUCCCCAUUGUGUCGCGGGAGCACUUCAAUCGCUGGUACUCCCUGCGAGCGUACUAUGUGGCCAUCACCCUAGCCGACCUGCCCAUCCAGGUCAUCUGCAGUGCCCUGUUCAUAGUGCCCACAUAUCUGAUGACCCAACAGCCGCUGGAGCUCUGGCGGUUCGGCAUGUUCUUCCUGAUUGUGUUCGUUACGGCUCUGGUCUCGCAGAGCAUUGGGUUGGCAGUGGGAGCAGCACUGAGCCUCAAGCUGGGCUCCAUUCUGGGACCCUUCUUCAUAUGCCCGUUUCUUCAGUUCAGCGGGUUCUUUCUGAUGGAGAAGGACGCCCCGGUCUUCCUACGCUGGAUGUUCGACAUAUCGUUCCUCAAGUACAGUCUGGAAGGAGCCAUGAUGGCAAUUUUCGGAUACGAUCGUGAGCCCUUGCCCUGCAGUGAACUUUACUGCCACCUGAGGCACCCCAAGUUCAUACUCAAAAGUCUGGACAUGGCCGACGGAAACUAUACAGUAGCUCUCAUCUUUCUGUUCAGCCUUUUGGUCUUCCUGCGCAUCCUGGCGUUCUACAUCAUGUCCUUCCGCCUCAGAUUGUUCAGAUCGCGUUUUGAAUAUAAACAGAAAGUGGUCGGCAAUUGGGGAUCGCAAGCAAUCAGCCGCCGUCUAAUGGCCGAUAACGCGGUGCAAGCUCAGCCAAAUGGUCUGGGCCAAAAGCAAAAGGCGCUGGAGCUGCACUUUAGCCAAGUUAGCUACAGUUUGCAGGGGGCCGCAAGGGGAUCCACUCCCAUUAUCAACGAUGCAUGCGGGGUCUUCAAAUCGGGACGACUUACGGCCAUUUUGGGUCCCUCGGGAGCGGGAAAGUCCACCUUGCUCAAUGCCUUGGCAGGUUUUAAACUCCAGGGAGUUACGGGCCAGUUUCUGCUGAAUGGACGCCCCAGGGAUAUAAUGAGCUUCCGGAAAAUGUCUGCCUAUAUUUCUCAAAACUUUGUGAUGCUGAAUCUGCUCACGGUUGAGGAAACACUGCGAGUUUCCGCAGACCUGAAGAUGCCCGGCUCCACAGUUUCCCAGGAGAAACAGAAAAUUAUAGACGACAUUAUCGACAUACUGCAGCUGCAGUCCUGCCGCAGGACUCUGGUGAAGAAUUUAUCCGGCGGCGAGCACAAGCGCUUGUCCAUUGGCAUUGAGUUGGUAACGAAUCCGCCCAUCAUGUUCUUCGAUGAGCCCACCAGCGGAUUGGAUUGUGUGGGCAGCUACCAGGUGAUUUGCCAUCUGCAGCGACUGGCGCACGACGGCAGGAUAGUUGUCUGCGUGGUUCAUCAGCCAGGGUCGCGACUCUUCCAACUCUUCGACGAUGUCCUGGUCUUGGCUCACGGAGAGGUCCUUUACUCUGGUGAGCAGCGGGAAAUGCUGGCUACCUUCGCACAAUCCGGCCACAUCUGUCCACAGUACUACAAUCCCGCGGAUUUCGCCCUGGAAGUGUGCAGCCAGUCCUCCACCACGGAACGCUGUGAAUCGCUCAUCACUCGGAACAAGAUGAUGCACAGCACCGCCAGUAAUGUUGUGAAGCUUCAAGUGGAUGAGGAGACAGCCUUGAUUGAUGUUCACAAGGACUCCUUGGACUUGGCGCACCUGCGUGGCAAGGAGCAGGUUAAUUUUUGGACGCAGCUAAGUGUCCUGCUUCGACGUCAUCUGCGCUCCACGUCCAGAGAUAUGUUCGCUGUCCAAAUGCGCCUGGUGAUGCACGUGGUGGUGGCCCUGCUCUUGGGCGUAGUCUAUUGGCAGAUAGGUGCCGAUGCACAGAAAAUCGUGUCCAAUGUAUCCUGCCUGUUCUUCGUGAUACUCUUCGUAUUCGCCGGCAAUGCCAUGCCCUCGAUCCUGCUGUGCAUGCAGGACUCGGCGGUGUUCAUCAGGGAGUACUACAACGGAUGGUACUCCCUGGGAGCCUACUAUCUGUCCAAGGUCCUGGCCGAUCUGCCCCUCCAGCUGACUUGUCCCACAAUGUUCAUCAGCAUCGGGUACUUCAUGACGGGUCAGCCUCCGGAAUCCCAGCGAUUUGCCAUGUGCUGGGCCAUGUGCGUGAUGACCGCCUUCAUUGGCCAUUUCAUCGGGGUGAUCGCAGGCUCCCUGUUCCCCAUGCAGUUGGCCAUAUUCCUGGUGCCCAGUGCCACCAUUCCGUUCCUCCUGUUCUCCGGCUUCUUCAUCCGCCUGGAGGAGCUCUCCUGGUUCCUGCGCCCCAUCUGCGAUGUGUCCUUCUUUAGGUACAUUUUCGAGGGUCUGAUGAGGGCCAUCUAUGGAUACGAUCGCGGGGAACUGGAGUGCCGUGCCACCAGCAACUUCUGUUACUACAGAACGGCGGAGCAUUUCCUCAAGGACUUCCAAAUGCAGGGCGAUGAGUUUGGUUGGGAUUUGGCCGUCCUGGGAAUGUUUGUCCUCCUCCUGCUUCUAGCCUUCUUUGUAACCCUGAGCACAGUCAUCCGACGGGCUCUUCGGUGAUCUGGUUAGUUGGGAAUCUGGCCAUUAACAUUCAACAAAUUUGAGGCAGAUUGUUAGUGAAUGCAAAUAAAGUGAUAUGAAUUUUAAA